CUGACCAGUCCCCUUACAUAGAAGCGAUCGUAAAUGCAGAUUUUGGUUCGAAAAAAUCUAGCGACGGAGUUGAGUACGAAAAUGUUCAGUGGAAGCAAGUAAUCAUCGGACAAAGUCAGCAUGAUAACGGUACUAUUAAGAACGACCACCCAUUUUAUGGAAGGAUUUCGAACUUAAACUUCUGGUUUAACUCUCUCACUGAUGACCAAAUUACACAUUGGUACAACAGUGGUCAGAAAAUUUACAUGCCUAACAUUCUAAAAUGGCCAGAACUUGGUUCUUCUUCGAAAAGAUUUGGAGACGUUCAUUUUGUAAAGGUCACUUCUGCUGAGAGACAAUGGCGUAACAUUUCGGAUGGUGAGUUGGAUGUACAAAAUACGACUAAUGUUCUCGCAACGAAAACUGUUGAAAGUGGAUCCGGAGUAGUUAUCGAAGUCGAGAGUCAGUCACCAGUCUCAUGUAUUGGAAGUGAUGGAAUUGAUUCGGCCACAGUUGACGGCGUGUUUAUAUCUGUACCUGGAAGCUGGAAACGAAUCAGUUACAAGCAAACGUUCUUGGAAACUCAGAAGUGUUUUGCAUUUUUUGGAAGCGUCCCUAACUGGGCCACUGGUAUUUUCACUCCGGGUGUUUCAGAAUUCGACCUUAGUCUGGAUGAGCUUUGGAAAGAAGAAUAUCUUGGCCCAAAUGGUAAUCAUUUUGAUGGUGUGAAUACUUUGUGCGGGGAUGAGCACUUCUGGAUGGUAAAUCACCCGAACACACCAGUAGCUGGAGUCAGUUUAAGACGAAAAGGCAAUGGGUCAAGUGCGGGGAUAUCCACCUUUGGCAAGUGUGGGAAGUUCAAGUUCAAGAUUUCUGAUAUUGGUGUUCUACAAUGAAAAUUCAGUAUCAAGUCCUGGCUAAUCCAAGUUGUUAUUGUCGACACAAGUUGCAGUCCUCUCCCCAUGCCGAUGCUUUUGAUGUCACGACAGAAAAGUCACGUGGCAUCCCAAAGAACGACAUGGAAGGAGAUUAAACCCGUUGCUCGUUGCUGCCUUUUAGCGCGUUAGACUGGCCAGGACUUGAGCCCGCGUCAGUUCAAUCGAAAAGUUUGUGCAGUAAAUUACCCUUAAGCACAUCAGCACUAUGAAAGUAAAUUGCACUGAAAGCUGAGCUGGAAAUCACUUCACGUUGAAACAAUCGUCGACAUUGAUAGAACACAGACAUCAACUGAACACAG